UACAGUUGACGUUACCAUUGCCUAGAAAUCGAAAUCAAUUAUGUCCAAGCCAAAGAAGAUCAAGACGGAUCCUGAUUACAUAACAACGGAAGAAUUUAUUAGUAUCACUUCUCCUUUUGCAUGCCACGACUUAACAUUAAAAGUUGGCAAACUACAGUUUCAUGUCAACAAAAAGCAACUCAUGGAUGCAUCACCAGUUUUCCAAAAAAUGUUGAGCGCUGAUUUCAAAGAGAAAAAUGCCAAAGAAAUAACUCUUAAGGGAAAAGACCCGGGUGCAUUUGGUCUCUUUUUAAGAUUUACCUUACCUGGCUUUGAAGAGGACGAAUUAAAAGAAACAGAAGCUCAUUUUAUUUUGCCAAUAGCACACGAAUAUCAAACCGAAAAAACUUUAACAAGAAUUGAUGCAUCAUUGGCAGAAUAUUCCAAAGAAAUGGCGGAUUCUAUGACAUCUGAACAAGCAAUAGAUAGUAUUAUAGAGGCAGAGUUUUUUGGAUUAUCGCAAUACUUGGAGACAUGUAUUAAAAUUGCAUCUCACAAAACUUUCAAUGCACUAACGAAAAAUGACAACUUCAAACAAAUUUCAAAAGAUACUAGGUACACUAUCUCUAUGAAGAGAUGGGAAAAUUUGGAUGACUCAUAUAGAAUAAAUCAAUACGGAAUACGCCAAAUUUUCAUGAAUCAAAAUUGAAUAAUUUUGCCUUUAAAUUAAUCUUCAAAGAGAUAAUGAUGUUGCUAAUGAUAAAAUUACUAAUUCUGUAGAGUGAAGAAGAAUUAAAAAAAAAGAGUAACGUACACAGAUGAAACAGUGUUUUUUUUUCUUGUUUUGUAUUACGUUUAAAUUACCGUUUCAAUAGUAUAUGAUAAAGAAUUCAGUUGUUGACCAGGACAUCUAUUGUGCUCGACUGAAGCUAUAGACAUAACCUCACCGAAAUAAAGGUUGCUUCUUAUGUGUUUGAUUUUUUAAAAUCCAAAAUAAAAAAAGGAAUUUAGGUCAAACUAGGAAAAAUCAAGACAUUUUAAAAAUUUCGUACUGGUUAGUAACUCGUUAAUUGUUACAUGUGCAUUGCUUCGGUUGAGAAUUGGAGUAUCGUAGCGACACUUACAUGUAACAGCUGAUUCUAACAAGAUUGAAAAUUUUGUACCUUAUAAUAGUAAGGACACAUUUAGGAACAUGCAUAUAACAUUUUUUAUUUACACUAUCAUUUAGUUCAUAGAAGUAGUUUUGUCACUACAAACAAAAUGUGUAUUAACAU